AGCGACGCCUUGCAACUAGCAACUAGAUGCAUCCUCUCUUGGACUCCUGCAGAGACUAGUAGACCUUGAGUGUACAGGAUAACGGUCCAUCUCCAGGCGCAGCUGCAAGAUCUCUGGGCAGUGAGCGAGGCCUCCAAUCAUGGACAUGGAUCUACUCGAACCGCCGAGCGGAUCGAUUGUCAACCCUCAGACACUGGCUGAAAUGGGAACCGAGCUCGAUCAUAGCGAACUUCCCGAUUCGAGCUUGAGGACCGAGUUCCUGCAAGCUCAUGGUCUGCAAGAAGGAUCCAACACUUCAAGCGUCUCGACGUCUACGGGCAAACAAGUCCCCGAGUGGGUUAACUGGUAUACUCUGGAAGGUGUCCUGCAAAGGAGCUAUCACGACAUUGAGGAUGAGCGCCAAAGCUCUGGACCGGUGGAAUCAUCUCAACAGAAAGAUCAGCCUGGUGUCAAGGGCGAAGAAGAGCAAGACGAGCUGGAACCGGAACUGGAGACGAAUAACGAGGCUAGAGGUGUCCCUGUCGAGAAGCGGCUCCUCCAUACUCGACACCUCACGACCAAUUUCCCGCUCACUAUGAAGAGCUUAAAGGGCGGAACCUGGAAAAACGUUGACUUUCAUGAAGGACCUCAUCGGGAUCGAGCUACUGACACGCUAGACGAGCUAGUGAAACGUGCCGAGCGGGUACCUCUGCAGCUCAAGGGCCCCUUCAAACUUGUUCCUGGCAGGACCAUCAAGAACUAUCUGAAACACCCGGUGACGAGUCCGUUGGGUACCAUCCAGACCAAAGGCGGCGAAGAUGUCUUCCUGCUUCAUCCGCAGUUGAGCGACGAAGCCGAGAUGGAGGACUUGACCGCAUACGGAUUGAUUAUGCACGAUAAGAUGAUGCGCGAUGUCGAUCGACCGCAGUUCCGGGAAACUUGGUUCAAUUCGCUGGCUCUACUGUUGGACUCGCCGGGAUGCCCUUUCGAGGUGGAUGUCCAUAUCAAGGCGACUCUUUAUACUCACGAUGGUCCGAAGCGCCGUGUCGGUCAGAACGCUCGAUGGACACUGGCAUUUGACACUGAACUCAAAAUCUACGGCAAGAUAGACUCGCUAAUCACUCGAACCAAACUCACUCCAGCGCUGUUCGAGCAUCUCCGCCGAGUCCUCCACGUGUUUCUGCCAUCUUCUGAUGUAAACACCCCUAAGGACGAUAUCAAGCUACAGGAAUUCUACGAGGUGCUGAAGCCGGCUCCGACGCCCCCUGCCGACGUCUUGCAGCUGGUCCAGCCUCAAGGCAUGGUAGCUAAGCUGAAACCUUUCCAACAAAGAGCGGUUGCUUGGCUGCUCCGCAACGAAGACGCCACCUCGAUCCACCCGUACUUUGAGCGCAAAUCGGUCGUGGACCCGGAAGGCUUGUGGGAGUUGGUGCAAUUCGGGUCUGAGGACGGGAAAGGGCUCGUCGAUCUAGCCUUCUGUCGGAUGACAGGAAGAUUGCAGCCGGUUUCGAAGGCCAUGCUUGACCGGAAGACAAGACUGGAAAAGGGCAAGGGCAAGGAGACGGGCGAGUCAUCCGAUAGCAGAUGGCUCUUGCCGGAAGAAGGCCUGCUGAGACUGUGUGAUGUCCGCGGAAGCUUGUUGGCUGAAGAAAUGGGUCUUGGCAAAACGCUCGAAGCCAUCGCUACGGUAUUGUUGCAUCCCAGAAUGAACAAACCCGAAGUGGAGGUCGUAAAAUUGGAGGAAAGCGAUGCAGAGAUGAAGGAGGCAGAUGACGGCGCGUCGAAAUUGUCAAACACAGAAGACAGGCCGAAGAAACGUAGAAGAAUUGCAGUAGACACCGGAAUAGUUGUUGAGGCGGACACAUUUGAAGGAGCUUUCAAAGGCUCAAGUCGCUGGGACCAAGAGCUAAAACUCCAUGUUCACGAGAUCAAGAGCACAUUGGUCGUCACGCCAAAGAUACUCUUACGGCAAUGGGUAGAGGAGACGAAGAGACACGCGCCGCAUUUACAAUAUGUCGUAUACGAGGGUUAUAGCGAUAUGAUGGAGGACUGGCUGGAGCGAGGACCCGCUGUUUCCGGUCCCGGUAAACGGAAGCGUGAAACUCAGACGGAACAAGAAGAGAUGGCGAGGAUCAAGCCGCGUACAGGAGAGAACGUUACUAGCUUCUUCCAGCGAUGGUAUAACAAUUGGAUUCAGCGCAUGGCUACAACAGAUGUCGUAUUCGUCACAUACGACACGCUCGGCAAGGAUUUGGACGUAGCAUUGGCUCCGGUUGAGCGCCCACGACGAGCGGUCGCGGGUCCACCUAGAGAGAAACCUCGCUCGGUUCUGUCAAUGUGUCAAUUCUGGAGGAUUAUCAUGGAUGAGGUACAAAUGUUGGAUGCUCGUUCUGCUAGCAAGGCUGCACAGAUGGUCACAUCGCUGCAGCGCGUGAACAGCUUGGUCCUGAGCGGAACCCCAGCGAAACAGGCCGUACAAGAUCUCCAAUCAGCUCUGCAUUUCGUCGGAGUGAACAUUCAUCCCUCGGUCUGGAACCGGUUCCUAAAGCCAGGAUUCCGUCACGCUUUCCGCGACUUGUUUGGCGAAGUCGCUAUUCGGCAUACGAAAAAGAUGGUCAAGAAUGAAACUGACAUUCCGCCUCAAACGAGGACAUUGGUACCGAUCAAGAUGAACAUCGUCGAGCUUCAAUACUACAGAGAUACCUUGUAUCGCAACAUCGACGCGCUGGCAGUGUCGAAGAACGGGUAUCGAGAUACGGAGUCGUUGCGUAGUCUCGUGCAGACCCUACGGGCCGUGUGCACGCACAUUCAGACCAACGAGUUGGAGAAUGGGGUUCGGGUUGAGCGAACGCGAAUGGGCCGCGAAAACGGUGCUGUACUCAAGGACAUGGAUCAAGCCUUGAACACGAUGCAAGUCCAAGCAUGGAGAGACUAUCACCACCAUAUCUAUGUUCUACAAUCCACUCGAAUAAAAUAUGCGCUCGCCCUUCACUCUGACCAACCCGAUCAAUACCGCAGAUCGAUCGACCUGCUACGGCGAGCUGACAAAGAAAGCCAAAAGGAGGUGGAAGCUAUAAAGAAGACAAUUAACGGGAUGACGGACGUGGUGGAUCUGGAAUCGGACGAAGGAGACGAUCAUCUAGAUGUCGAUGUGGAUGCGGAGAGCAACGGUACCGGACCUGAAUCAUCUGUGGGCAAAGCGCGUGCUGUGCUCAGGGCACGAGUUCGAGACUUCAUGCACCUGAGCCACGAAGCCUUGUUUCGAUGUGGCGACUUGUAUCAUCAAUAUCCCGAACAGGAGGGGUAUGGUGAACUGGAAACGGAAAGCUACGCCUCUGCCGAUGCUGUCCGACAAUUGAUGUUAGCGCGACCUCUUGCUAAAUCUAACUCGUCCAUCGAUCGAGUCAGAUCUGUCAUCAAGGGAAGCCGAAUUACAAGAUUCAGUGUUCUGGAAGUUGAAGAGGGCGGCCCCCUCGGUAUCGAAACAGCGAAAUACGGUACCGCCAUCAAUAACUUCAUCGAGGAGGCUAUGAAUUGCAACGCAGAAUGCGUCUGGAAUCUCCGAGGUCAGGUAGUAGAACGGCUACUGGAGAAAGUUGAUUUCAAGACAGACGAUAUUGAUGCCACCGGCAACGAGUUCGAAGCAAGUCUUCAGGCUCAAGCUAUGCUGGAGGUGUAUAUGGCUGCAUAUACCGACGCUUUGGCUGAUCGCCGAGAGAUGUUAACGGAAGGGACGACAUUUAUCCGAGAGGUCGAGCGGAAGAAGGGCAAAAAGCGCGAAACGCAGACAGCCAAAGCGGUUGCGGUGGACAUACCAGAAGACGAAGAAGACGCGGAGUAUCAUAAGGAAAUCAAGGCCAAACGUCAAGAAUAUCGUGAAGCAUAUGCUGGUUUUCAAUCCCUUCAAGGCUUAAUUUCGGAACUGGACGAUUUCGUCAGCGGACACGACAGGCGGAAUGAAGAACGUGAACUGGCCAAGAUGGAGAAACAGCGCCUUAGGGGCAUCAAGGAAGAUCAGCUCGCUUUACUGAAAAAACUUGAAGAUGAAGCCAAAUCUCUCAAUCACUGUUUCAAUGUCCGCUUGAUUUUCUUCAAGACUUUACAACAGAUCAGCGAUACGCUCAUUGAUCCUGAGACUGCCGCCGAAGAGAAAGAAGCUGUAAUCCGUUUGACAGAGCCAAAUACAGCGGAGAGGAUGAAGAACACUCGCCUGAGAGAGCGCGCAAUGCUGCUCGAGACGGUGCCGAUCACCUUUGCGACUAUGGAGCGUCAGAUCGCAACAGCACAAGCGCAUGCACGUUACCUGGACUCGCUAAACGAGAAGAAUAAAGAUCAAGAUGAGGACGAAGAGUGUAUGAUUUGUCAGCAGGAAUUUUCGGAGAUCAAAGGUGUCGUCAUGGUACUCUAUUGCGCACAUCGUAUGUGUCACUCGUGCUACAACGAGUACAUGCGUAGUGCCGCACGGGCUACCUGUCCGUGCUGUCGGCUCGCCAUCGUUCCAAGUCAAGUCCACAAGGUAGACCCUAGGAAAACAGACCCGCCGGCCAAGCCCAAGCCUACAAAGGCCGAGACCUUAGCUAUGGAGAGCGACAUCAUUCCCGACGCACUGGACCUCGACGCACUGAACGUGCUUCCCAGGCCGCGGCAAGGAGCGGUGGCCGAGGUCGAGAUUCAUGGCCAGUGGGGGGCAAAGCUUGAUUUCAUGAUCAAGCACUUGAAGUAUUGGAAGCGAACGGAACCCGACGUGAAACACAUUGUAUUUUCUGCAUGGGCUAGCUCUUUAGAGAUUGUUCAAACAGCAUUGACUGCCAACCAGAUCAAGUGGACUACUAUCGGUCACAAGAAGGCGCAAAAGACUGCAGUCAAAGAUUUUGCUACCAAUGACUGUCAGGUCUUCCUGCUGCACGGAGAACGCCAAGUGUCUGGUCUUACUUUGACGGCUGCGGCUGUGGUGCACCUGCUUGAACCAGUGAUGAACCAAGGAUAUGAGCUUCAAGCUAUCGGCCGUGUUGAUAGAUUGGGUCAGGCUCAAGAGACUCACGUCUUCUGUUAUGCCUGUGAAGAAACGAUUGAAGCGAAAAUCAUCAACCGGGGCCUUCGUGCCGGGCACUGCAUUUACGCCAAGGGCGUGGAUCAGAACACUUUCGAUGCUCAGGCCACAACUGUUUCCGGGAAAAAGGGCACAGACAAGAACAGCGGAGACCAUGACGAUUUGAUGGAUUUGCUGCUCUGAAUUCGCCUGUGCUGUUUGAUGGAUGAUCUCGACUGGCCAGCGAAUCUGUUGAUGUAAUUUGCAUGACAGUUCUCGACACGUUGUAUGAAUUGUAGCCGUAAAGGAGGCCCAUGACCAAACGAUCCAACCCAUCAUGGCUAAUCUGCCAUGCAUCCUGAAACGGUAAUACAUGACCAGAAACAUCUUCUGCUCCCACUUCCCUAGACGCCGAGAAUCUAUUUGAACAUCCGCAGAUACGCCAACAGCAAAGCUCCAGCACCAGUAGCAACUCCGACCAAAUAUUGAAGCGAGUUGGCCU